CCAGUAACAUUAGAAAUUCACUACAACCUAAAAUCCCACAUUCCCCGCACGUUAAACACAAAGAAAGGACCCCUUCUCCAGUUAGCACUCCUGAGCUCCCGGUGUCUACAGAUGAAUCUGAAUCCUUUACCUCGUUAGUGUCUCCAAAACCUUUUACAGUGAACUCUCCCCUAUUUGUCACAGCUGUGACGCAUGAUAGAGAAGCUCUCCCGCAGACAGCUCUAGCAGACAGGGCUGAAGAAGAUUUACUGCCCAGGACAGAGGUGCUGACAGCAGCCACCAGGCUGGGCCCUGCCCUCCAUAUGACGAGAUCUCCAGAUGUUACUACCACAGAUGCAUAUUUACAUUACCCAGCAGUGACCAAGGCUGCGAGAGAGCAGACAGCAGUGGGUGAAGACUCUGCAGCACCCGUAGAUGCUCAUAGGUUGAUGAUGGGUAAUAUAGAUGGAGUAUUAAAUGAUAUUUCAGGAUCAGAUAGAAUCUGUAAAAACAGGGCAUCAGUGGCCGACACUCAAAAUCAGGGGAAUGUGGAGAGCCCCAGUACAGCAGGCAAACAGGUGCCUGAGUCCUUGGCUUGGUCCAGUUUCCCUUUCACAACUCCAAAGCUCCCAGGAGUCCCGGUCAGGAUACGAAGGCCUGUGUGUCCCUACCCUCCCUUGCCUGCUCACGGGACAUUCUAUUUCCGUACGAUGAUCAACCCCGGACCAUUCCAGUACAAGCAUUACAUCCAGUACGCCUGUUACCCUGGUUACACGUUGGCCAAUGGGGACGUAUACAGCUACUGUCUACAUGACGGACAGUGGAGCGGAGCCACACCCAUGUGUAUUGAGGUGACUCCCUGCUCCCUGAACAAUGGUGGCUGCUCUCAGGUGUGCCAGGUCAGUCAUGAGAAUCGAGCUGAGUGUCACUGCCAGCCUGGCUUCCUGCUGCUGCAGGACCACCGCACCUGUCGUGAUCUGGAUGAGUGUGUGGAGGGUUUGCACCAGUGCCAGCAGGUCUGUGAAAACAUGUUGGGCUCAUACAGGUGCAGCUGCAGGCAUGGAUUCAAGCUGUCUGCAGACAGGAUGUCCUGCUCCGAUGUAGAUGAGUGUGCAGUAGCCAUGGACAGAGUUGGCUGUGUGUUUGGCUGUGUGAACACGCUGGGCAGCUUCCUCUGCCGCUGUCCUCCAGGACACAGUCUGAACCCUGACGGACGCUGUGAAGGUCGGUGGCAGUCCAAACACUGA